AUGGCCCUAUCCCCUUCCGAGCAGCCUUCCUCCUCCACCUUCUCCACCACCUCCUCCUCCUUCUUGAUGGGUGACCAAGGGCAUUUCCAUGACGACCCGGACAUGACCUUUGACCUCAGUAAGCUGCUGCUGUCCGUGGGCCUGUCGGCGCUGGCGUUGGCGGCGGUGGGCAUCAACUCGCUGGUGAUCACCGCCAUCUUGGUCACGCGCAAGCUGCGCAGCCCGGCCAACUACCUGAUCUGCUCUCUGGCCCUCACAGACCUGCUGGUGGCUGCGCUCGUCAUGCCUGUCAGCAUCGUAUACAUCAGCGAGGAGCGCUGGCUGCUGGGCGGGGCCCUGUGCCACCUGUGGCUGGGCGUGGACGUCACCUGCUGCACCUGCUCCAUCCUGCACCUGGCCGCCAUCGCGCUGGACCGUUACCGCGCCAUCACCGACGCCGUGGCCUACUCGCAGCGCCGCACCACGGCCCACGCGCUGCGCACCAUCGCCGCCGUCUGGCUGCUCAGUGUGCUGGUGUCGCUGCCCCCGCUGGUGUGGAGGAAACAAGGUGACGGCGCCGGUGUGGGUGCGGACGACCUGGAGGAGGAGGUGGACGGGGAGGUGGCUGGGGCUGGGGGUCACGGCGGGGACGUCGCCCAGUGCCUGAUCGAGCACGACCACGUGGCCUUCACCGUCUACUCGACGUUCGGGGCCUUCUACGUUCCGCUGCUGCUGAUCUUGGUGCUGUACUAUCGGAUCUUCCGGGCCGCGCGCACCCUGCAGACCCGGCGCUGCAGCCGGCUGGUGAACCGCAGCACGGUCAGCAGUGUGGUUCUGCCGAGUCCGAGCGACGGCGACGGGGGCGGCUCCGAGUCCGGCUGGGAGAAGGGGGACGGCAGCGGGACGCUCAGCCCGCCCACCCUCAGCCCCACCGAGCGCUCCUUCUCCAAGCAGUCCAACGACGCUGGAGACCGAGCCAGCUGCAUAGCCAGAACCUGCAACAGCAACACCAAGAGCAGUGCACCUCCACCACUAAGACCCCACCACCCCCACCACCACCACCGCCCCCACCGUACACCAAUCGCCCGGGAGCGCAGAGCUGCCCUCACCCUGGGGCUGAUCCUGGGUGCCUUCGUGAUUUGCUGGCUGCCCUUCUUCCUCAAGGAGGUGAUCGUCAACAGCUGCCCGUCGUGCAGCACCUCCGCAGCGGUGGCGGAAGCCCUCACCUGGCUGGGCUACCUGAACUCCCUGGUCAACCCCCUCAUCUACACCAUCUUCAACCAGGACUUCAAGAAGGCCUUCAAGAAGCUGCUGGCCUUCCACUGUCGACACUAA